AUGCCCGGGCAAUCAAAACUGACUGUCCUACGGCGACACAUUGUUGUCGUCCUUAUUAUCACCUUCAUUGUUAUCUCUCUCUGCUAUGUGCAUAUCACCUCUAACCAAAGCUUCUCACACGCCCUACGGACCACAGGGAGAUUCACCCUCUCAUUUUCAAAUUUCUCCCGAACCAGCUCCAUCUCCCAGCAAACAGAAGAGAUUUCAGAAGAGGGAUCAUGGCCCUCGUUCCUGCCACCUCCAGAUCCCCUGCCCACUCCAAACUUUCACCCCGGAGCACCCAAACCCCCCGGAUCCAACUACUCCAGAGCCCUAAUCAUACCCCGCUUGAAGUCCGAGUACGUGAACUGGAUCUCUCAGCUCAAGGAUGUAGAGCCCUUCGUCUACGUCGUCGACGACCCCUCCGCGUCUCUCCACCCGCCCCUCAACAAGGGCCACGAAGUCAUGGUCUACCUCACGUACCUCAUCGACAACUACGACAACCUCCCAGACAUCAUGAUAUUCAUGCACUCCCACCACAAGUCUUGGCAUAACGAAGAGCCCCUGGACUCCGACGCCAUCCUGCACGUCAACAGCUUGAGCAACGAGCACGUCACCCGCCAAGGAUACGUGAACCUGCGCUGUGACUGGCAGCCCGGCUGCCCGGACUGGAUGCAUCCCCGGGACACGUGGGAAGACGCCAUCAAGCAGGAGCAGAUUUUCAUCUCGAGGUCAUGGAAAGAGCUUUUCCCGCGCGUGGAGUUGCCCCAGGUCCUCUCGCAGCCGUGCUGUGCACAGUUUGCUCUCACGCGCGAGCGGGCACGAGCCAUCCCGCGGUCCAGAUACGUGUUUUUCCGCGACUGGAUGUUGCGCACGGAGCUGAGUGAUUUCAUCUCAGGCCGUGUGUGGGAGUAUCUAUGGCAGGUGGUCUUCGCAGGGCAGCACGUCUUGUGCCCCGCAGAGCACGUGUGCUACUGCGACGCAUACGGUUUGUGUUUUGGCGGCGUCCCUGGCUUAGAUCGGUACAGAGAUCUGGUGAGACAGAAGAGUGAAAAGGAGAUGGAACUGAACAAAUUGUGGAAGGAAAUGGAUGGUGUUAAAGGGGCGGUGAAGGAGGAUAACCUCCCCCAAGAGAAGGUGGAGAGGAUGAGGACGUUGGGGGAAGGAGAUUAA